UCGCGACAGCCGGAGUACACGUUUUGCCUGUCGGCUGUAACUCCAUGCCGCCCCAGCGCGCCAUCUGCCUCUGCCUCUUCCUCUGCCUGCACGCCGCCCAUGCCGGUCCAUGCCGCUUCACGCUUCGCCGCCCGCUGUGCUCGCUGUCUUGCCUCUUUGGCGCCGGCAAGUGCAAGGGCAGCAUGCAGAAAGUGCCCUCGUCAGAGUCUGGUGGCGCGCCGACAGCGUGGGAGAUGGUUCACCUCAAGGACGACGGCGUCGAGUCGAGCUGGAGCACCGUCUCCUUUCCCUUCGUGAGCGGCGGCGACAUUGGGAAGAUGACCGAGCGUCUGCCCUGCGACGGGGUCUGGCUCCGCUGGACGCACGGCAGCUACAACUACAAGUGGCACAACGCUCCUCGCCGCCAGAUCAUCGCCUCCCUCAACGGGCACGUCGAGGCGAGCGUCGGCUCGGGCGACACUCGCCGCUUCGGGCCCGGAGAGACGCUGCUGGUCGAGGACACGCGCGGCGAGGGGCACUGCACAAAGUCGCUCGACGGAGUCGGGCGGUGGAGCAUCUUCAUCGCGCUGCCGGACGACGGCCCGCUCGCCUGGCUCUUCGCCCGGCCAACCACCAGAGAGCUCGCCCUCGCCGCCCUCGCCGCCCUCGCCGCUGCCGCCCUCGCCGCCUGCGCGCUCCGGCGCCCUUCCGGGGCGGGCGGACUCCCUCGUCGAAUCGGCCUGAUCGGCGGCCUCGCGCCGGCCUCGACGAUCGACUACUACAGACGGAUCAACGCCGGGGUGAGGGAGAGGCUCGGCGGGAGGCACGCGGCGGAGGCCGUCCUCUUCUCCUUCGACCAGGCCUCCGUGAUCGAGCUCGAGUUUGCGCAGCGGUGGGAGGAGGUUGGCGAGCAGCUCGCUCGCGCCGGCCUCGCGCUGGCUGCGGCGGGGUGCGAGGCGCUCCUCGUGUGCUGCAACAGCGUCCACCACGAGGCCCCCCCCCCACACACACACACCUUGCGGCUCCGCGGCAGGCGCGGCCUCGAGGUUGUGCUCGACGAGCCGGCCGCGCGCGCGGAGCUCGACCGGCUGAUCUACGACGAGCUGACGGUCGACGUCGUGCGGGAGGAGGCGGCGAGCUGGUUCGUGGCGAGGCUCGAGCGGCUGCUCGUGCGGUGCGACGCCGUCGUGCUCGGCUGCACCGAGCUGUCGAUGCUUCUCGACGCCGAGGCGCGCAAGCGGUACGCCGGCGUCGUGUUCGACACGGCGACUCUGCACGCGGAGGCCGCGGUGCGGUUCGCGCUGCGGGAGGAGUGAUUCGGCAAUUCUCGCCGUCCCGCGGUUGGCCUCGUCGCUUGAGACCAUGUUGAGCAGAGAGCGGCUAAGCGGGGGCGCGGUGCGGUGUGAGAUGGCUCAUUGCCCGCGGUGUUAUUUUUGUGUGUUGUUUAUUUUUCUCGCUCUGUCUGACGC